UGUGUGUGCGCGCGCGCCUCUCUCUCUCUCUCUCUGCAGCGCUGUGAGAUUUAACACUCCUACAAAAGGAAAAGGCAUACGAAAAGGACAACUACGAAACCUAAUCUGGUGAUUUAUAGUGAAAAAAUCCUCCCCUCUUGUUAGCCAAGUACAGCUUCAGGCUCAGAAAUGGUGAAAAAUUAAGAUGGAGUCUGGAGUUGGAACUUCAAAGAACUAUAUUUUGCCUGCAUGAAACAGUUGGUGUCCAGGUCAGCUGCAUUAAGAGACGAAGGACAACUGUGAAAAUAACAUCCAGGAACAAGUGAAGAGAAUAAUCCAGAUCAAAGCAUGAGUGCUGAGACGAGCCAGGGGGUAGUCACAACCCCUCCACCACCCAGUGUGCCUCACAAAGAGAGAUAUUUUGACCGCAUCAAUGAAAAUGACCCUGACUACAUCCGUGAAAGAAACAUGUCUCCUGACCUUAGGCAAGACUUUAACAUGAUGGAACAAAGGAAGAGAGUAACACAGAUACUGCAGAGUCCCGCAUUUCGGGAGGACCUGGAAUCCCUUAUACAAGAACAGAUGAAGAAAGGCAAUAACCCAACUGGAUUGCUUGCUUUACAGCAGAUUGCUGACUACAUUAUGGCAAGUUCUUUUGCAGGGUUUUCUUCAUCUCCUCUAAGCUCUGGACUGAUUACACCCAUCAAUGACCUACCUGGGAUGGAUACCACUACAUUUGUUAAGGGAGAAAAACUUACACGUUGUAAAUUAGCGAGCUUGUAUAGGUUGACAGAUUUGUUCGGAUGGGCACACUUGGCCAAUUCAUAUAUCACAGUAAGAGUAAGCAAAGAACAUGAUCAUAUUCUUAUCAUUCCAAGAGGCCUAUCAUUUUCUGAAGCUUCUGCUUCCAAUUUGGUAAAAGUAAAUAUCAUAGGAGAUGUGGUUGACCAGGGAAGCACCAAUCUAAGAAUUGAUAGUGCAGGAUUCAGCCCUCACACAGCCAUCUACUCCAUGCGCCCUGAUGUCCGGUGUGUGAUCCACAUACACACUCCAGCAACAGCAGCUGUUUCUUCCAUGAAGUGUGGUAUACUUCCUAUCUCUCAGGAGGCUCUGAUUCUAGGGGAUGUUGCAUACUACAAUUAUCAGGGAUCUCUGGAUGAUCAGGAAGAGAAAAUUCAACUCCAAAAAGUUCUUGGACCAAGUUGUAAGGUGCUGGUCUUGAGAAACCAUGGCGUAGUAGCACUGGGAGAGACAUUAGAGGAGGCCUUCCACUACAUCUACAAUGUGCAAUUAGCUUGCGAAACACAGGUACAUGCCUUGUCUGCAGGCGGCAUAGACAAUCUUCUUGUCCUAGACUUGCAGAAGUAUAAACCUUUCACACACCAAGUGGCAGCAGGUGAAGGAAUUCAUAUGGCCUCUCAGUUCAAGUGGAAAGUUGGAGAACUAGAGUUUGAAGCACUGAUGAGGAUGCUGGACAACCUGGGUUACAGAACAGGCUAUGCUUAUCGACAACCCCUAGUGAGGGAGAAACCCAGGCACAAGAGUGAUGUUGAGAUCCCUGCCACCGUGACUGCCUUUUCCUUUGAGGAUGAUCCACUCCCAAUUUCCCCUCUCAAAUUCCUGGCACAAAAACAGCAGCGGGAGAAGACAAGAUGGCUAAACUCCCCAAAUACAUAUUUGAAAGUGGAUGUUCCUGAAGAAUCCCGGAAUGGAGAAACAAGUCCCCGGACUAGAACUACAUGGAUAAAAGCUGAAGACUCGUCGAAGAUUAGUGGAGGAACUCCAAUCAAAAUUGAAGAUCCAAACCAGUUUGUCCCUCUGAAUACAAAUCCAAGUGACGUACUGGAAAAGAGGAAUAGGAUUCGAGAACAAAAUCGGUAUGACUUAAAGACUGCAGGUCCACAGUCUCAGCUGCUUGCUGGGAUAGUGGUGGAUAAAAAGCCGAGUGCUCCCAUGCAGUUUGAAGAAGAUGAGCAUGCCCCACCAGCACCUCCCAACCCAUUCAGUCAUCUCACUGAAAAGGAACUGGAAGAGUACAAGCGGACAAUCGAACGCAAGCAACAAGGAGUGGAGGAUGCUGAUCAGGAAUUAUUCUCAGAUGAUGGGUCAUCUGUUUCACAAAUUAACUCUCAAACUCAGUCCCCACAAAAUGUCCCAGACAAAUUAGAAGAAAAUAAUGAUGAUUACCUACAGGAUGCUAACCUCAUCUCUCUUGAGCUCCCAGCUGUGGUGAUGAAUGGCAAAGAAGAUGCACAUGAUGUGGAAGAGGAUCUUGCACAGAGAGUCAGCCAGUUAACCACUAGUACUGUAGAGAAUGUAGAGAUUACAAUUAAGACCUCUGAAAAGAUUGAGGAGGCCCUAUCCCCUGAAGGCUCUCCUUCCAAGUCACCAUCGAAGAAGAAGAAGAAAUUCCGCACUCCAUCUUUCCUAAAAAAGAACAAAAAGAAGGAAAAGAUGGAAGCCUGAGGCUACAUUGCACAUUUCAAACCCACGUUUUAGUCUGCCAUUAACAUGGUCAAGUUAGGUAGGGUUGUGCAGGAAACUGGGCCUUAACCUAAGAACAGAACUGGAAAAAAAUAAUAGAAACAGUUUUUAUAUUAAUUAAGCAAAGAAUUCAUCUCUUAAUUUGUAUGAGUAAGAAUUACUAUAAGGGUUUGAAAUAUGGAAUUGUUCCACCAUAAAGUAGCACUGGCAGGUGUUCCAAUAUAGCACUAUAGUGAUUUCAGAUACCCUUAUGGUAGCAAGUUACACAUGGAGAUUUUUCUUGAUUAGAAAAUCUUCAGCACAAUUUCACUGAGGUAGCUGUUGAGUUAUCAGAUAAUGUUUGUUUUUUAAUCUACUGCCUCACUGUGUAAUUAGAUGAUACUUCUUUGUAUUGUGAUCUUGACCAUAGCAUUUGUUUUGCCCCUGCCACAGAGGGUGCUUCUCACUACACCUUUUUUAAGAGUAGGUCAUUUAUUAUACACUGGCACAUAACAUUAGAGGGACAACCUGUAAAAGGAAUUGCAUUUGGAAUUUUACAGACUCUAUGAAGAUUGCAUUCAUCAACAAUAACUUGCCAAAUAUUUCAUUUUAGUAAGAUAUAAUUUUUGAAAUCUUUUUUUAUUCUAUCAGUUGGGGGGCAGGGAGAAAGCCCUUAUUUUUCAAUAAAGGGGAUUUUAUAUGCUUAACAUUGAUAACUUAGUUUAAUUAUGGCAAAACAGAAAAAGAAUUUUAUAUGUUGAAAAUUUUGUAUACCACUCAGUAUAAAGUAUUAUAGGCAUGUAAACCAGGCAUUUAACAGUAGAACGUAUUUAAGGAUGCUUGGCUUAGAGUAUACUUAAAGAUAAUUCGGGAAUCCAGAACUUCUGAUACCGGAUGUUGAAAGCAUACAAAUUUAACUGGAUUCAGGUUUAAAUCUUACUAUAUAUUUUUCCUCAUGGUAUUACUAUUGAAUGAAGAAAAAUAAUCUUGCUGACAUACGGCCUAUUCAGAAGAUCAGUUCAAAGCAUGUCCCAGCUUCAUUUUCACUUUUCUCGGAUAUUCCUAUAGCAAGCCCAGCUAAAGUCACAAAGCAAAGUCUUAGGAACUUGCUGGUCAAGUUAAAACUACAAGGGCGUUUUCCACUCUUUGCCUUGAGAUACUCGAUUUGAGGUCCUGUAGGAGUUCCCUCUUGGCAGACAGAGUGUUGGUGCUAGAGCCACAGAAUGGCGAGGUCAUGAGGCAAAGCAUAUCACAGGGACUACAUGUGCCUGACACAUUUGUAUAACCACAUUCUGGGCAACACUCCCAACUAGCAAUGGCCCCACUCGCUAGGGAAAGAAUAAUGUUGCUGAAGUGAAACUAUUGCCAUCUGAAUGCAGGCAAAAUGCAAUAUCCCCACAACAGUUGUGCUUCCUUGGGGGAUGAGUCUGGAUCCCAUACAACAAAUCAGAAGCAACUGCAUAUGGGUUGCACUACAAACUGAUCGUCUGGAAAGGCCUACAACCAAAUGAAGGAGCCAAAACUGAAAAAGGGAAAGUGAAAUGGAAAGCUUAAAGGGGUAGAGGUAAAGAGUAGUACUUUGUGGGUUAUUUUUCAUAAAAUAUAUGGUAUAGAUUUGGGGGUAUUUUUAUUAAACUGAUUGAACAGCAGUUUCAUAUUUUAAAAUGAUAAAAUAGUGGAUAGGAAUUUCAUACGGAGUGCCACACUUUCCCCCUUUGCUGUAAUAGAUUUUAAUAGAAUCAUUUUAAUCUGAGUUUUGCCUUCUCAAAGAAUCAUAGAAACAAUUAAGCUAGCACUGUAUGUGCUGAUCCUGCCACGUAUUCCUCUUUGCUGGUAGUUUUAUUUUCCUUCGGAUUUAAAACAAAACAAAGAAACCUGUAAAUACACACUAAACAUGAAAUUAACCUAGGGCCUUUAAACUAGCCUUUGUACAUCAAUAGCCACUAAAGCAAAUACACCUCAAAUAUCAAUGUGACUCCCAGAUUUCCAGUUCAAAUAUAUACCGUAUAUAGAUUGUUAAAUAUGGCUGGGGCGUGGUUUGGCAUGCAAAAAAUGACUAUAGCAUGUUACAGGGCUGGUUAGCUGUGACUGUGUAAGUGUGACAAUGCAGCGCUGGAGUGACUCUGGAAAUGAUAUCUAGAUAUCUCAAAAUACUGGAAUCAGUGUGUUCUUUAAAAAAAAAUAGUGGGAAUCUCUAAGUUGCUUAACUUCGUUUAUGUUCUACAUUUUUUUGUGUUGUAUUACAACAUAUGUAGAAACAGUAACCUGUGAACUAUGCUUUUCAUAACUUUUAAAAAAUAUAUCUAAAUGAAUGCAAUGUGCAUAAAUAUUUUUUAAAAACUGCAACCGUGAACUAUUUGCACCUUUUUUGCUAAUGCCUCUAUUUACUUGCUUUGGCAUAAAGAAUGAGCCAGCCAACUCUGUGUCCUGUGGAAAAAGAUAUAUAAAUGUUGUUGGAAAUUGCUCAUAGAUGUAAUGCUAAUUAAUGUUAAAUCACAAAUAAACAGUAUUUUAAAUAGA